GUUUAUACAUCAUGCUAGGUUUGUCUUUGCCUUCCAUUAUCAAGAAGACGUUAAGUUUAAAUUAAUUAUGUUCCUUACAAAUACAAUUAAAAAAGAAAAUACAUUUCUACGUUGCAACGCAAUCCUGCUUUAUUAAAAUCAUUUUACUUCAAUUAACAAAUCAUUUGUCAGCCAUACCGUGAUUACUCAUCAAAAUGUGCGACCCUGACCAAUCUGCCGUCAGUGUUCAUAAGCGUCACAGCUGCUAUACGACCUUUUCUUCGGAGAGGACUAGUUCCCACGUCGUUUGUAAAUCUGAUGCCAACGUUUACUACACUUCGAGAACAGAGACAGACAGCUACACCAGAUCUAAAGAUAAAAGCUCUGGAUCGAAUUGUGAGUAUUAUAAAAACUAUGAACACGACGAAAUGCCAGUCAAAGACGACACUAGUUUCAAUGACCACUCAUUCAGUGAGGAUAACGAAAUGAGAUCAGGGGACCAUAAAGAUUCGAUCACUAAUUCCGAUCUCGAUAAACUAGAACUGAAAUUAUUAAGUAAAAUGUCCAGAGAGUUACAAACAGACGACGACGUAAGCAGCCUUGAUUCAAACAUUAAACUAUUCAAGACAACAGUCCAGGAAAUCUUCGACAAUUUUUAUAACAACAUGCAAGACUUUGAACUGUACAAGAAAAAGUUUAAUGAGAUAUUGACAAAGAACAAAGGGGAUUCGUUCUCCGAAAUGGAGGAUUUCAUAAGAGAUAUGAUUCAAAGUAUUGGAUCAUCAAAGUCGUUAAUUUCUGAUAAAAAUAUAGCAAUAGCACACAAAAACGUUGAUAUGAGUGAUAAAAUGAGCAAAGAAAACAAAAUUAAUGUAAACAACAUGGGACUAAAAGUAUCUAAAAAAAUGAACUCUACUUUAGAGACAUUUUUAAAUGAAAACUAUUUAACUGAUUCUACUUUCGAAGAUCACGGUUCCAAAUGUAAGCCUGGCACUAAAGCAGGAGACACUACAUUUAAUUUUGAUCGAUCCUCUUACACAACUUGCACCGAGGUUAAAAUGCCAAAUCGCGAUAUGCUUUCCGAAAUAAACAUCAGAGAAAAGAACAUAGGUAUGGCAGAAAACCAAGCGGCAUCAGCAGAUAAUAUCCAAAAGCUAGCGGCUAAGAAAUUGCAAAUAGAAAACUAUGUGAAAUUACAACAAGAUUGUCGUACUAAAGAUAGAGAUAGAAAUAUACCAGUCAAAAUUGCAAGCGUUAAGAAAAACAUACAUUUGGACGAAGAUUUCAUCCACGAAGCUAAAGAAGAGGAGACAAAGUUUUUUAUUUUCAGAAUAUGUAACUAUAUCUGCAAAAAGUUUCGCAAGAAUUCUGUUGGCUAAAGCUAUUCAUUUUAAAUAAAACUAUUAAGACAUUU